AUGAGGGACAACCUGAUUUUCUACGGAAUUCCUGAGACUGAUGAGGAAAAUUGUGAAGAUAAAGUAAAAAUAUUUGUGCAAGAAAAAUUAGAAAUACAUCAAAAUGUAGAAUUUCAUAGGGUCCAUCGGAUGGGGCGCAAGGUACCUAACAAAGUGAGGCCAAUUGUCGCAAAAUUUGUUCUGUUCAAGGAAAAGGAAAUGGUGAGGAAGGCAGCAUAUAAAUUAGCAGGAGAUGAAAAUAAACAAUUUGGAAUCAGUGAACAAUUCCCCCGUGAAAUUAAUGAAAAGAGAAAAAAACUUUAUCCUUAUUAUAAAGCUGCUAAGCAACAAGAGAGGAAAGCGCAACUCAUCUUCGAUAAACUUAUCAUUGACGGGGAACUUUUCACACCCGACGAAUCAGACGAGGAAGAAGAGAACGGUAACAAUUUAAACUUGCCGCUAGGACGUCAUACAGAUCCGCGCCUGUCAGCAGCGGCCGCGGAAUUUACACCGAGACCCAGAGGCGGGGGCCGAGGAGGAUCCAGAAGAAGACCGGGACGUCGUAGAUAG